AUGGAGAAUUUCAGUGACUUGCCGAUUGCAUUGGCUCCGGUAGAGCGGCGGACUGAGGGCGACGGCGACAGCGGGCGACGGUGGAGCGGCAGCGCGAAAAUGACUGAGACGUCACGAAACAAUAACACAACACGACAUUAUUGUAAAACACAUUUAUCGAUGAGCCGGAGCGUACUCGGCCAGGAAGGUGGGUCCCACUUCCCCAGCCAUGAUCACCAGGACCUUCUCCACGUAGACCGGCGGGUCCCCGCCGUCGGAGCCGCGGUCAUCUUUAUCGGCGGCGCCGCCGCCGUCAUCUUCGGAGGGCCUCGAGUGGGAGCAGGCGAGGAUGAAGAGGGCGAGCGCUAUGAGCCCCAGCAUCGCCGCCAGGCCGCCGAAGAGGAAAGGCACCGGCGAGUGCCACUGCGAGCGGUGCGCGGCGGCCGGAGGCGCGAGAGUAGCCGUCGCGGCGGCGUAGGGUUCGGGGGUUGGGAUUUUUGA